AUGAUAACAGAACCGAACAUUAAUCUUCUUUUUAAUCAAUUUUUACAAUGGUAUUGCGAAACUGAUGAGAAAUUUGUUUUCUAAGAUUAAAAAAUACAUUCCAUGCCUAUAUUUCUAUUUGAUAAACAAAUUUGCUAUAAAAGAAAUUUCUGUUUAAGAAUAGUUGAAGAUAGAUAUAAAUAGCUUAUAAAAUUGGCAUCACAUGGAUCAGGUAAAUUCCCUAUAGUUCCUUUUACUGACAAGUUACCUGUUUAUGCAGACAUGGUAGAAAUUGUUAGUAUAACAGAUCAAAUAUAAAUUAUUGGUUGCGAUAGAUUAAUAAUAGAUGAAAUUUAUUGUUUUAUAAAUAAUCAAAAAAUACCAUUCACUCCAAAUACUUUUAAAACUUUAACAAAUCAAUUAUGGUUAUCUAAUUAUACUGUUAUCAAAGAUAAUUAAGAUAAAUCAUCUGUCUAAAACAAAAUUAAAUAAUUUAUUCAAUAUACUUUUACAGAAUUGACAUAAGAAAUGAAAUCUUUAUUUGAAAAACCAUAUCAUUUAAUGAAUAUAUUUGGAAAUAAAUUUCAUCAAAUUAAUUCAAGUCUUAUUAUGAUCUAAUUAUUGAAGAUUAAUAAUUAGCAAUUCUAAUAAUUAUAUUAUUCUAAUGAUUAAUAAUUAAGAAAUUUAUUCAUCUGGAAUUUCAUUAAUCAAAUUUAAUAAAAAAUUAUAUAAAUUAUUGGUAAACAAAAUCAAAAUAUUAAAAUUAAACAUUAAAUCAUAGAUUACGAAAUACAAUUACCUAAUUUGUAAUUUAAUAACAUUUAUAAAGAAGAUGA